GCUCAGUUUCACACUUGUAACCUUGCACUGCAGUUAGUACCGCUACGCCUACUGUGACAUUUGGUUGCAAUCGAAAAUCGUGUUGUUUGCUUUUGUGGCGGGAAACAGAUCGGAUCAAAACGGUGGAAAAAGGGUAUAUGUUCAUUAGCAGAAAAAAUCAAUUUAUUUGCUGUCACAAUGGAUGUCGUUUUUAAAUUGCGAGGUAAAGAAUUACCGGAUAUAAGCAAACAGAAUACACGUGAUACAUCACAAAAAGAAAGUGAACAAGAACGUUCUCCUGUGAAAAACGUUCGUAGUCCGACCCAGAGAGAAUCUCCAGAAAAGAGUGAUCAAAAUGAAAGCACUCAGAAUGUGAGCAAAAGUCAUGCCACAGAAACUGAAGAUAGAACACCCAAGAAAGAUAAAAAUGUACCGCGUUCGAAAGCGCAAGAUGAUUUAGGUGAAUCAACAAGUUCAUCGGAUCGAGGUCCAGCCAACGCAGAAUCUCCAGAAGAAAAUGAUGAAAAUGAAAGCAACCAGCAAGUGGAAAAAAGUAAUGACACAAGCAACGAAGAUGAGCCCCUUCAACAAGAACAAAAUCAUUCUCCUCCGGGAAACGCGGAUAACUUGAAUGAUGCAGCCACACCUUUGGAUGCGGAUCCGUUAACAGUUCAACACAGUGAUGGAUCCAAAGAAUCGAUUCAUAUGGCAGAUGGCACACCAAAUAUUAUUAUAUUACCACGACAAUUACCACUAAAACCUUCAUCAAGAAAGUUGCCAGGCGAGAAAGUAAGACAGAGAACCAAAAGAAGAAUUCGUGUAUUGAAAGAAAUUAAAAGACUACAAGAGUCGUGGAAUUUACUCAUUCCUCGCUUACCAUUUCAACGUUUGGUACGCGAAAUAAUGCAGGAACAUAAAAAACAUGACUAUCGAUUGCAAGCCGCUGCCGUUGGAGCAUUGCAUGAAGCAGCUGAAUAUGUUUUGGUCGAAAUAUUUCAAGAAUCAUGGGAUCUUGUUGCACACCGAAGCAUGAAAACCCUCAAAGAAAAGGAUUAUCGAAUGGCGAAUAGAAUCCGUGAAAAUUUUGACGGCCGUUUUCGGACCUAGAUUAUUCAUUUAAAGAGUAUUUAAGUUAGAUCCAGCUUCUACUCUUGAUUUUUAUUUUGAAAAUAUUUUGUGCACGUAUAAUGUUUGAAAAUAGAAAGUUGUUCAUUUAAUUCCAAUGUUGACCAGAAGAAUAAACAAUCUAAAUAAAUAAUGUGUGAAAAUCGA